AUGGGCGUGCAACAAGGUAAUAACAAUCAGAAUCCACUUCCCAGAGAUGGUGGAUUCGAACUUGGACAGGGAAACACGGAAUCAAUUUCCGUACCGGAUGAGUGGGACUCGGGAAGAUUGUGGGCAAGAACAGGAUGUAAAGAUGAAAACGGAAAGUUUCAAUGCAACUGUGGUGCUGAAAAAAAUGAAUUUAAAAUGCAAUGCAACGGAAUAGGUGGCGAAAGACCCGCAACAGUUGCUGAGUUCACAUUACACAAUGCUCAACACGAUCAAGGAGAUACCUACGAUAUGAGCAAUGUUGAUGGGCACAACAUCGGAAUGUCAAUCAAACCAAUUGAAGGGACAUAUGAAUCGGUCGACAAUCCAGAGUUGAAUGAAUACAAUUGUGGAACUAUGACGUGUAAGUUUGAUAUGAGUCAAUGUCCACCUGAAUUGACAAUGGACGAUGGAAAUGGUGGUAAAGUUUGUUUAUCAAUCUGUGCUGCUAUUCAUAAUGCUCAGCAACGUGAACAACACGAGCAUUUAAAGAAAAUCUUCGAUGAUGAAGAAAAACGAUCUUUAGUCUGUUGUAGUGAAGAUAAGGGAUACAAUCAUUCACCGUACAAUAAGGAAGAUCGAGAACAAGGCAAAAAACUUUGUGAAGUUGAAAAGUGGCCACGUUCAAGUGAUGAUAAACGAUAUGAUGAAAUAUUUAAAGAACAAUGUCCAGAUGCAUAUAGUUGGCAGUUUGACGAUUUAAAAAGUACUUAUCAGUGUAAAAAUGCUCACUAUGAAAUAACAUUAUGUCCAGGUGGUGAUGUUCUACACGCAGAAGAUAAUAUUACUACAAGCGGAAUUAAGCAUACAACACGAAAGUUAAUCGACUAUCUUACUAAAUCAGCUAGUCUGACAUCACAAGCUCCAUCUGUAACGACGGAAGCACCAAUCGAUGAACCAACGACACAAGAUCAAUGUCAUGCUUAUUGUAUGGCCAAUUUGGAUUUUUAUCAGAAACAGAAACCGACGCCAGUUGAUGUAACAACAGAACAAUCAUCUGCUGCACCUACGACAAAUGCAACGGACAAAGUAUUACAUGCUGACACCGAAUGGAAACGUGUUUUUGAAGAUGACUUUAAUGAAGAUGGUGCAGUUGAUAAUAACAAAUGGAAAUUUGAGACGGGUACAGCAGACAAUGGAUGGGGAAAUAAUGAACUGCAACAUUAUACUGAUCGUUCGGAAAAUGCACAUUGUGAAAAUGGUUAUUUAUCGAUUGAAGCAAAAAAAGAGGAUUUUCAAGGUAGUUCGUAUACUUCAGCACGAUUGAACAGUAUACAGUCAUUUACCUAUGGCAGACUACAAAUUCGUGCCAAAUUGCCAGCUGGCAAAGGAACAUGGUCAGCACUGUGGAUGUUACCCGACAAGCAAAUUUAUGGAUCACAAUACUGGCCUGAUAAUGGAGAAAUCGAUUUAAUGGAACAGGUUGGAUCUGCACCAUCGAAAAUUCUUUCAACUGUACAUACAGAAGCAAAUAAUCAUAUGAAGGGAAAUCACCAGUCAGAUAGUAAAAUUGUGGAAGAUGCUACCACAGAAUAUAACGUUUAUACAUUACAAUGGGAUCCUGAUCAAAUUGCGAUGUUUGUUGGUAAAGAUGAAACAAUUCCAUUCAAUGAACCUAUUUUUAAAUGGGAAAAAGGUGAUAAAGAUUCGACACAAUGGCCGUUCGAUAAACCAUUUCAUAUCUUAAUGAAUGUUGCAGUUGGUGGUACAUUGGGAGGUGAAGUCGACGAAAAUGUAUUUCCACAACGUAUGGAAAUCGAUUGGGUCCGCUUCUAUGAAAAGCAAGAAAAUGUAGUCGAACAAGGAUAA